UAUAGCUCCUGGAAGACAACUUUGUUAUGCUAUGUAAUCAACAACCCACAACGCAGCUUAUCGCGCAUACUAAAGAGUUGCAGUCACGUCACGACCAUUUUUUUUUAGGCUGGAUAGGUUAACAAACAGCACACGCUGUGAGUUCUCCUUAACUAAAAGCAUUUUAUUCUUGAUUUCCGAACAGAUACUUAAUGCACACUUGGCUUAAACGAAACACAUGAAAUUAGUCUACAGUCAUAUAUUCGAUGUUCCUGUUAUUUUCUAAAUAAUUCCUUCUAAUUAUUGCUUUGUCCAGGAUGGUGCAAAGUUCAUCCAAUGAUAUUUUAAAUUUCAUCUUAUUUAAACGUUUAUGAGGUCAUAUCUGUGAUCAGUAAGGGAUAUAUUUCGAAAAAAUAUCUGAUGGAUUGGCUAAAUGAAGGAUUAUUGAUGAUGGUUAGAUAACAUCAUUGGUAAUGUUUUAGGAAAGCAUUGAGGAAAUCACUAAGCCGAUGAACGACCAGUGGUACCGCAGAAACAAUGAGCAGUUCGUGUCCCUAAACCAAGAAGGUCCUAUCUUUGGUCACUACCUGAAAAUUGACGGAAAAUCUGUUGUUACAUAUGCCCUAGAGACAGAUCCAAAAACUCAAUUAAAGAUCCAUUCAAUUUUGAGCAGAAGCCAAAAUGCAGCACGAAAAUACGAGGAAAUUUGUAUUUUGGAGAGUAGCACUGGUGGAACCGCAGUGGCCGUAAACAAAAGAGAUGACACCAUCUUUGUAAAGACUCUGUCGACACCUUUGCGCAGUCUUAACAACUUGGAUAAAGUGAAACGUCUUUAUCCUGAAAUUCUGUUUAAAAAAGUACCUAGAGAAGUUGGGAGUGACUACUUCUAUUUUCAGUCAAACCUUAAAGAUAAGAGGCGGGUUUUGGGAUUUGAUAAAUAUGGUCUUCCAAUGAACACCGGCCAGGUGACGCCCAAUUCUGAGGAAAGUCUUUUCACUCGAGGCUAACGUCAUGGAUAGAAACAAAGAACACACAUGCGCAGUAAAUAGAGUAAUUUUGAAAUAAACAUUGCCAUCGAUAAUAUGGAUAUGAAACCAAACCGUAAACUCAUAAACCAGAGACAUGUAGAAAUACUGUGAUCAAGAAUAAAAAGAGUGAAACUAAGCACACGGUCUCUUGGUUGAGUAUGUCUUGUUUUUAUCGACCUUCAUCGUUUCCCCUCGGCCCUCGAUUCAUUUCUUAAAACAAAUUGAAACGCUACACCUUUGCUAGAAAACUGGUUUUUGUUCCGGUUGCGUUGGUGCUUCAGAUACGUAAUCAGCUCACUCCCGUGGAAAAAAAUGCAACACUAUGCACUUUACCUGAACUGAUCCUCUCAGUAUAUAGGACACUGGGCUAAAAAUAUAAACCUUAAAAGUGAUCGCUCGCC